UUCAUUGUUAUUUGAUCAUCUUCUCUCUUCCCUUUCUCUCUCUACAUAUUAUUUUCUUUAUUUUUAAAUUAAAAAAUAUUAUUCCACAGUUUUUCUCUCUCUAAAAAAAGCCAUGGAUCGGAGAACAGGCUUUCUACUCGCAUUGAUCUGCCUUGUAGUUGCUACAGUCGGCGGCCAGUCUCCGUCCGCCGCACCGGCCAAUGCUCCCGCCGCCGCCCAUGUUUCCACCCCACCCACCGCCACUCCUCCGACCAAGCCAGCAUCUCCGGUUCCGGUGGCUGCUCCAGUCUCGACACCUCCGGCCGCCGCUCCAGUUUCAAGCCCACCAGCUUCAGCUCCGGUCAGUUCUCCACCGACUGCGGCGGCGCCUGUGAGCUCUCCGCCGGCUUACGAACCAGUCAGCUCACCACCGACAGUCGCUCCCGUUCUUUCGCCGCCGUCUCCAGCUCCGGUAGCCGCAACACCACCGACUGAGUCUUCUCCUCCGUCUCCGGCUUCUGCCCCGCCCACCGAGCCACCAGCCACGGCGCCAGCACCGAGCACGAAGAAGAGCAAGAAGCACGGCGCUCCUUCUCCGGCGCCGGCGCUGGACAGCCCACCAGCCCCACCGACAGAAGCUCCCGGACCUAGUGCCGACUCCAUUUCUCCAAGUCCCACAUCACUCAACGAUGAGAGUGGAGCAGAGAAAUUGAUGAGCAGGGCAAGUUUGGCAAUGGGAGUGGCCCUCCUAUGCUUCUUCUUCUAGAGAGAGAUAUAUUAUAUAUAGAGAGAGAGAGAGAGAAUAUUAUAUUAUUAUUUAUUUAUUUUUGUUUGUAAAAUUUUAUGUCCCCACGUGCGUUAUUAUAUAUUUUGAUAGUUAAUAUAUAUAUAUUUUGUUGUGAAUAUGUAUGUUUAAAUUAUCAGAUUUCACGGGGAUUUAUUUAUUUUAUUGAUUAAUUAAUUCAUGGAGAAUUUUGUCUUU